CGGCGCGAGCCACAGCAGUUGGAGUUUGGAGGAUGAGGGUCCGCGCGUGGACACUGGCCGUGGCUGGAGCGCUGCUGGUCGUGGCCGGCACCGUGUUGCUGCUGGUCUUUCCGGCCAUCAUGCAUCGGCAAGUGAAAGCGGGCCCGUAAAAUGUGCCAAAUAUAUAAUGUGGCCCUCGUAUUGAAAAGUUUGGAGGCCCCUGCUUUCAAGCAACAUGUGCUAACCAUAAAACUGCAUGUUGGAAAUCAGAAGGUGCCGGAACUACACACGCUGACAAUAUUUCCAGCGGGUUCUGUUUCAUUGCAUGCUUACAGAGAAUGUUCAGAUUGACCCAGCAAGUGGUAUGGCGUACACCAUGUGGCGUGAUAUUCCCGUUCCCUUCUACAUGUCACUCUACUUCUUCGAGGUUAAAAAUCCACAGGAAAUUCUACGUGGUGAAAAACCAGUUUUGGUUCAGCGUGGGCCUUAUAUUUACCGAGAACACAGGCAGAAAAGUAACAUCACUUUUCACAACAAUAACACCGUCUCAUACCGUGAAUAUCGUCGCUACUAUUUCUAUUCUGAUGGGUCAGCUGGAAAUGAAAGUGAUGAAAUUGUGUUGCCCAACAUGCUUGCCUUGAGUGCAGCUCUAAUGGUUGAAGACUGGCCCUAUGCGUUGAAAUUUAUCUUCAGCACAGCAUUGAAGACCUUUAAUGAGACUCCAUUUAUUAAGAAGACUGUGAAGGAAAUAAUGUGGGGAUAUGAUGAUCCACUUAUUGACUUCCUUAAUCGAAUGUUUCCAGGCGUUAUCCCAUUUAAGGGAAAGUUUGGAUUGUUUGCUGAGAUGAACAACUCUGAUACUGGGUUAUUCACAGUUCACACAGGAGUCGAUAACAUCACCAAAGUUCAUGUCAUAGAUAAUUGGAAUGGUAUAAAAAAGGUAAACUACUGGCAUUCUGAGCAAUGCAACAAGAUAGACGGAACAGCAGGUGAAAUGUGGCCUCCGUUCUUAACGCCAUCAAACUUAUUAACCUUUUACAGCCCAGAUUCUUGUAGAACAUUGGAACUCGUGUUUCAGAAAUCUGAUUGGACGUUUGACAUACCAACUUUCCGCUACGUUGCCCCAAAGACAAUGUUUGCAAACGGGACGGUGUUCCCUCCCAACCAGGGCUUCUGUCCGUGCCGACAGUCGGGGGUUCUAAACGUCAGCUCCUGCAGACACAAUUCCCAAGUCUUCAUCUCGCAUCCUCACUUCUACAACGGUGACCCUACGCUGUGGGAGGCUGUGGACGGAUUACACCCCAAUGAGAAAGACCACGCACUCUUCAUUGACAUCCACCCCCUAACUGGAAUCCCUCUGAACGUCUCCAUCAAAUUGCAACUGAGCCUUUACGUAAAAGCAGUGCAAGGAAUCACGGAGACUGGGAAUAUACAGCCGGUGCUGCUGCCAUUGCUCUGGUUUGAAGAGAGUGGGACUAUCGAUGGCCCAGCAGUCAAUACUUUCUACUAUUUCAUGGUGGUGUUGCCAGCCAUUUGUCAAUAUCUUCAGUACAUCCUGUUGAGUGCAGGCUGCAUCUUGGUGGUGGUUGCUCUUGCUCUGGAAAUCGUGUCCCUGAAAAAGCAGGACAAAAAGAUUUUAUUUUGCAAUAGUAAGCAAUGCACUGAGGAAACUACACUCGAUUCAGAAAAAUCAAAUCCAAUGGCUUGUGCCAAGAAACUUGAACCGGAAGUCUCCAUUUAGGUUCCACACAGGAAGAAAGUGUCUGGAAUUGCAGCAGUCAGUCGGGAAGUCACUGAACGAUCACUGCUGUUGCCAGCUGACGCUGCCAACACCUCGCUUGGACAAGCUAGAUACCUGAUGGACUGAAUUUUAAUUAUUGCUUUUAAAUACUAAUUUUAGAUAUUCACUUUGUAUUUUGCGUUGAAUGUUUUCUUUGAAUUAUGUAACUCACAUAACCCGUGAGAGAGUCAUGUUUCUUCUCUGCUAACUUGUAUAUUCUUUGUAUAUUGAUCACUGAAAUGCAACGAUGCGGACAAACCAUCCGUUGAGGAUUCACUUAAGUUAUAGUUUAAUAUUGUCCACUGUCUCUCCAGUCGUCACCACCCUAUUCUUGCUUGUCAACCAGGCUAUUCCUGGUCGCCACUGGUUUGGCCAGCACAGUGAUUGAUAAAAAAAUACAUCUAUUGAUGCUCCUGAACACAUCAUCAGUGAUGUAACCUGGGGUCAUUGGGUGUUUUGGGUCUUUCAACAUCAGACACCUUUACCUAGGCGACCCAGCCAUGCUUGAUCAGACCACGACUUGUGGCCAGAUGGCAUUCGCUCCUCCCCAUGGACCCCCUCUCCUAAUCCAGAGCCAUCGCGAGGCAUUCUCUGCUGCCUCUGUGAUAUUCUUAAUGGCUCUUCUCCUCGCCACGCCGUUGAUGCCCAGUGCACUCAAGGCUUUGUAGAGCGAUUGCCCUGCAAAACCUCUGCAGCCAACCUUGAUGGGCAAACACCUUGCCUUCUAGCCCUGCUUACGGCAGUCUAUGACCAGUUCUUUAUACUUGGUCAUCUUCCUCUCGUGGGCCUCCUCCAGACGGUCCUCCCACGGCACUGUUAGUUCCAACAGGACAAUGUUUUUGGAUGCCUCUGAGGAGCAUGUCUGGCCUCAGGGUGGUCGUGGCAAUGUGCUGUGGGAACUUCAGCUGUUUCACCAGGUCUACGGAAAGCUGCCAGUCCUGCGCAGUCGCCAGGAUUCUGACAGAUUCCUGGCUGCUGUGGUUCUUGGCAGCUGCACUCCAGCCUUCACAAAGGUGAUCAUCUGGGUGGUGGGGCGUGCUCGUCUGCAGCUGCUGAUUCCCAUGCUGAUGGCUUCUGCAAUGGGUUUAAGAACCUGGGCGUGACGCCAGGUGUACCGGGCCUGCCCAAGAGCCUUCGGGCAGCAGCUCAGGAUGUGUUCCAACUUUCCCUUGCUUGAGCAUUGCGGACAAUCUGGAGAUUCCACUUUGCCCCAGAUGAAGAGGUUCGAUGGGCUGGGCAGGACAUCAUACACUGCCUGGAUCAGGAACUUGAUGCGCUGUGGUUCAGCCUGCCAGAGCUCAGUCCAUGUGACUUUUCAGUCCAUAGCCUGCUCCCACCUUGUCCAGGCCCCCUGCUGCCUCAAGCCAACCGCUCUGGUACACCUUACCUCCUCCACCACUGCCCUCACUUCCUCCUGGACCAGCCUGCGCCUCUCCUUCCCCUUGGCCCUGUCAAACUGGGGAGUUGGAAAGAUUCCCAGACCAGCUCUUCCCUGAGUCACUGCUCCCACCGGGACUCUGGCGUAUCUGAGACUUGCAUCAUUAUAACAUUAUUAAGUAUUAACCAGAUGACGUCCAACCCUUUGACUUGAUCGAUAAUGCAUUUUCAAAGCUCAAAACCUCAAACCUGCAAUGUUACUGUGCAGGUUUUAAGGGGUAAUAUAUUUAGGUGCAAAUAUUUAGAAUAAGACUCACCUUGGGCAUUGAAGUGACAUCCCCUCUGAGUAGAAAUGUACAGGUAUCAUUUCAAAUGUUCUUUUGAUUUCUAUACUACCAAAAACGGAUGAAACCAUUUUAAGUCCAUUUGUAAAGACGUGUUUCGGGUGUUUCACUGACUCGGUGUAAUGCUGUUACUAGGUCUCAAAUAUGUUUGAAAGCUUUUUUCAUGCUCAAUUAUGCAGAUUGCUCCAUGCACCAUUUGCUAACUUUUAAAUAAAAAAUUCUGAAGAAAAUUACUUUAAAAAAAAAAAAAGUGUGGUCCUCUAGCAAACACAAAUUCUACAGAUAGAUACAUAAUGAUGGAGUACCUCGGCGGGUCAGGCAACAUCGCUGGAGAAAAGGAAUAGGUGAGGUUUUGGGCCAAGACAUUUCUUCUGCAGAUUUUGUGUAGAUUUGUACGUGAAAGUACUUCAAUGCUAUAACUAUUAUUGUGGAAUGUAAACACAAACCAGGGGCAGUAGGCCCCUCGAGCCUGCUCUGCCACUCACCAUGAUCUUGGCCGACCUGCUCCCGCCUCAUCUCAUUAUCCUCAUGUAGAUUGGUUACAUUACUUACUAACCAAUGGAGUGCUUUAUUAAUCUAAGCUCCGCCUACUACUACACCAUUCAUGUUAUCGCAACUGGACAUGCGCUGUUAGUUGGUGAUGCAGCACAGUAGAACUAACAUGUUGUAGUGUGUUGUAUACAUUUCUCAAUACAUACUGCUGUACCAGA